UAAUAAGCAUAACUAGGCCAGCAGUCUGAGACGUUUUGCUUUCAGUGGCAAAUGUGGGUUAGUGAAACUUUCGGACCGUUACCAGUGCCAGACUGUUCCUGAGCUCGCAAAAUUCUGACAAGUUGAUUGGUAAACUUUAAGCCUUUCCCAUUCAAAUACUAUAGUAGUCUUUACAUUUUGGUAUUAAGAUUAUCGUCUCCAAAUGACCUCAAGAAUCUGCCAUUAACGGGUGAUACGAACGUGUAUUGUUAAUACAUUAAAAUAAAGUACUUAAAAUAACGCAAUUAAAAUGACGCAUGUAAAACUUUUUGUAAAAUGUUAAUUAAUAUCAGCCUCAUGAGGAAUGAUCAAGGUUUUGGCAAAAAAACGCUAUUUUGCAUAAAAAGCAAUUAUGCAAAAAUGGUAAUUUUGCAAGAAAAACUGCAACAUAUAUAAGGAGACGCAGAGAACGCACGUUACAUUGAAUACGCAGAAACACUGACCUACCACGUUGUGAAGCAAGUUACAAAGUUGUAAAUAUGGUAAACCCAAAGGAUUAUGCUUCAUCUGACGAUUUUCAAAAAUACAAUGUAUCGCGUUUAAUUGAUGAAUUUGCUGAUGAUUUAAUAAAAAUGUCCGGAAAAUGUAUGGAUAUCGGUUGUGGUCCAGGAGAUAUAACGAAUGAUAUUCUUUUGUCAUCUCUUGAUUCAAAUGCAGUAAUAAUUGGUACGGAUAUUUCACAAAGCAUGAUCGAAUAUGCAAAUAUGACAUAUAGCGAUGAGAAACGACUUAGAUUCGAAGUAUUAGAUAUCCAAACUAAAAAUUUGCCUGAGAAAUAUGUAUCGGAAUUUGACCACAUUUUUUCAUUCCACACUUUGCAUUGGUGCAAAGACAUUCGACAAGCGUUUGAAAACAUUUAUCGCAUGCUUCGACCUGGUGGAACUAUGCUUACAUUAUUCGUAGCAUCUCAUGAUACAUUUCAUGUUUUCGAACUAAUGGCACAAAAUAUUUUAUUUGCACCGUACAUGGAGGAUGUACAAAGAUAUGUUUCGCCGUAUUUGUAUUCAAAAAAUCCUCGCAAAGAAGUAAAAGAAUUAGUUAAAAGUAUUGGAUUUAAAGUUCAUCAUUGCAGUCAUCGAGAUGUGACAUUUUCCUCUAAAGAUUCAGACAACUUUUUAUCUGCGAUAAUGUCCAUACCUGCAUUUUUGGAUAAAAUGCCACAUGAUCUUAUAAAAGAAUUCAAGCAUAAUUACGCACGUGAAUAUAUGAAAAGGAAGAUUAGCUAUACAUCAAUAUGUGAUAAUCAAGAGCAAAAAUUUAUAUUAGAUAUACACAAAGUGGUGAUAAUUUAUGCACGAAAAGUUAUAUAA